CAACAGAGGAAACAACCACUUCUCGUAUAGGGAUGCUCCGUGGUUCAAUUACAGUGGUACUUCUCUGUCUACAAGUCACAGAGCACUCAAGAGAACGACUGUAGCGAUGGCAGAGGAGGAGGUUAACUACGCUUCAGUUGUAUUCAAAGCUAAAAAUAAUUCCCCACCUGAAGCAAAAAAGGAGGAGGACAUUGUGUACGAUGAAGUGAAGGUACGAAGUGAAACAACCCAACAAACUGGUGACACAGACGCCUCAGCAGGAAUCUUGCCAGACAAGAAAGCAAACAACAGACGUCGGCGCUAUCAGCAGUUGGCUUGUUGUUUGGGGGUUCUUUGUGUCAUUUUGCUGUUGGGCGUCAUAGCAGUCUGCGUCUACCUCACUACAUUAAAUCAUGAGGGUGAGCUGAACCAAUUAAAAGAAAACCAAACGUCUCUACUGGCUGACAAUCACAACCUGACAAACCUCAACCGCAAUCUGAGCUCAGAAAAUGAAAACUUGAGGAGGGACCACAACAACCUGACUAAAUCCUAUACUGCCUUAGAAAGCAAGAUCACAAACCUGACUGCAGAAAACCAGAACCUGAAGACACAAAACCAGAACCUGACGACACAAAACCAGAAACUGACGACACAAAACCAGAAACUGACGACACAAAACCAGGAGCUGAAGACGCAGAAGAAGAACUUAACAGAAUUAAUACAAGACAUGGAGACAAAGCAGAAUGAGCUCAAUGUCAGUCGAGCUCAGUGGAGCAUUAAUGCCUACUGUCCCCUAAAAAGUGGAGGUUCAGAAAGACAGUGUGUACCUUGUCAGAACGGCUUGGCAAACUUCCAGUCUGGCUGCUAUGCGUUUAAUAACCCUGAGCCUGCUGGUCAGAAACCCUGGGAUGAAGCUCGAGAAGACUGCAAAGGAAAGAUUUCAGAUUUGGUUGUUAUAACUGAUGAACAAGAGAAGACUUUCAUUCAUGGUAAAUGGUGGCUAAGUUCAGGAAAAAACGGGUUCUGGAUUGGACUGAGAGUUGAAGAUGGGAAAUGGAAGUGGGUCGAUGGAAGUGAUCUGACUGAAGAAUCCUGGAAACCACAACCUCCUCCUACUGAAGGUCUCUGUGCAACUUUUGUCCAGAACAGCGAACUGAGUUCAGUGAACUGUAGUGAAAAACAUCAAUGGAUCUGUGAACAGAAAGCUUUAACUGUUUAAACACUGCAGUCAAACUUGAGAAUGUUACUGGAUCCUCUGUAAAGAUUGAUUACAUGUAAGAUAAUAUCAACUGGUUUAUAAAUACCAAACUUCACAAUUUAAAUUAAAUAAAAAAAACGUGAGGGCUGGGAUAAAGAGUGGGUUAAGUUAUAAUUAGGAUCAUAUGAGGUUUAAAUGGAGUUUGGAAAACAUUUAUAAUUGUGAUUUAAUUGUAUUUGAAGGUUUUGCAAAGGGCUUAGAACACCAAUGUGCUUAUCUUGAGUUCUCCUGGGUAGACAGUACUUUUUGUAUAUUUCACACCGAUUGUAUUUCAGUCCAUGUCACUAUGUGAAUGUAACUUUAUGUGUAAUUAUAAUAUAUAUGUGAUUACCUUAGUGAGUAGCUGUUUAGAUGUGUUAUGCAAUGUCUACACAAUAUUUUAGUUACUUUAAUUUUUAUAAAUAAUGUCUCCUUCAUAAUAAAUGCAUAAGGGAUAAUUUUUUUACAAGUUCAAUGUAUGGUUACUUUAGGUGUUUGUUGCUGGUAAAAACAGAUCUACUGUAUAUGUGCAGAUAUACAGAAGAAAAUAGAGUAACUGGCCUAAAGGGGAUUAAAGUGUUAAUCAAUAAUAACUCUGAAUUGCUUUUCUUCUACUUAGUUAGAGAUGCAGUUCUUACAGUUUGUGUAUCAGCAGAUUGAUGAUUGAUGAUAUGUAGUUUUUGUAGUCUAGGCUUUCCAAUAUUUUCACUAUAGAUAAAUGAACCCCUGUCCUAGUCUGCCAACAGCAACUGUUAAACCACUCGACUUCCCUUCACAGCAACACAAUAAUAGCUCAUAAGUUGCAAAAACAACACUGUCACAGGGACCAACAAAAGUGCUCAAAGUUUCUUAUUUGUUAUUGUCAUGUAACAUUUGAAAUGGUUGCUGCUGAUUGGCCAACAGGGGGCACUGCUUCACUUGUUCUCAACAGAGUGAUCCCAGAGCUGUUUUCUUAAGCAUUUGUGUUCUGAUGUAAAGAAUAUUAUUAUGUAGAGGAGACAGUUAAGUGUUAUUUAUCUAUCUAGAAGCAAAUUCCUGUUUUAGUACAUUAUAUUAAAUAAAAAUACUAUCACACA